UGGUUGCUUUUCCUGGUGUAUAUAAGGUAUGUAGUGGUUCCUAUUGUCGGUGCAAGCAUCAGUCAUCUCUCGCCAUGAUCUCCUCUGUCGGUCUCGUUGUGCUAAUCUGCGCGGUCGCUGUCAAUUCUCUUGCUCAUCCUCAGUGCAAUGCCGUGGGAAUAGAUGAAAUAUUAGGCAGUGAAACUUAUACCUUGGAACCAGCUUACUUGCAGCCCAGUAUCCGUGACUAUAAAGUUAACAUUCCGCAUGUUCCACAAUGCACGAACGGAGAAAUUGGUGUUAGAGCAAUCAUCUGCGAUGACGAUGUGGCACCCAUUGGCAAACUUGUCGGCUUGAACACGUUAUUUAUAAACCGUCGUGGUAAUUUAGAAAAUAUUGGUUCGGUUUCAGUAACAGUGUACUGUCGGAACUGACAUCUGACAAGACAAUCUCACUAUUCUUCUCUUCUUCUUUGUAACGACGAUUCGCAAUCAACAGCUAAUAUGUGUUCUAAGUUGAUUUGUUAUUCAAUUAAAUACAUCAAUAAUUGUAAUAAAUUGUCGUACUUUAUAAAAGAAAUUAUAAAGUAAUAACUUCAUAUUAUGAGUAUCGUUUUAUGUUUAUGUAUUUUAUUUUAUUUUUCCAAACACGAUAUAUAUUUCAAAAAAAUU